GACCUUUUCCUAACUGUCACCAUUGAAUAAGCAGCAUCUCAUCAUGGUAAAAUUGUUAAAAUUUUGUCCAAUCAAAUAUUAGACAACUCUGAUAUCCAUGGAAACGGUCUGCGCAAAUGAAUCUAUAUUAGGUUAUACAGAUUUAAUCGUACAGUUAGUUAUUAGUUUAGUAGAGAUAAAGAAACGCUAGAAUAUUAUAUUUUUAUAAGAGCGCGAGAUUAUUGUAUUGGAAUUAUAAGAACUUUGACAAAACAACAUUAACAAACUUCCGAACGUACGAAGGAAAACAAGUUAAGAAAAACAAAGACUUUUAAAGUUAAAAAAGAAAUUAACAGCUAUGAAAAUCAGUUUGGAAUCGUUGUGUGUACUUGUGUUCGUCUGUGUGGUAACGGUUCUAUCAGCUCCCGCCAAAAAGAAUAUUGAUUCUGUCCAAAAGCCAUCAUCAUCAUCAUCUUUAUCGUCAUCAUCGAUUCAACAGCAAGAAAAAGAGCUUGAAAAACUGGCAAGAUUAGCAGCACAAAGAUUAUCCCAUAGCAUUGGUGUGCAGAAACAGAAAUCUUUUCACUACAGUAAUUUAAAUGGAAAAGAAAACAGCGAAUCGCAAGCAGAAGAAAAAGUUGUCAAUCCAGACACUGGUGACCUUGUCAGUGAUAUCAAACAAGAAACAAAACAAGAUGGCGACGUAAUGACAGAAACGAAAAUAAACAUACCAUCAGAACAUAUAGAAAAAACAUUUCUGGAAACGCAACCAGAAAGUAUCGAGAGUGUUCCUUUAGAAAAAGAAGACUACAGUGACGCAUUUCAGUUUACUCCUGUUGAAGUUGCUAAAUAUUUAUACCAAACGGGCAAUUUCCAAGAACUAACACAAGCUUUGUCAGAUUUGGUUAAUGCAUCUAUUAUGACAGAAAAACAAGCCAUUGAAUACAAAGACAAUGUCCGAUCUGUUUACAACAAACUUGUCCAAGCAUCAAUGCUUUCUGAUUCUAAUGAGGUUCCUUUAUACAACACUGGGUACGAAUCACAAGACAAUAUGCUUCCGACCGAAGUACUACCUGCUUACAAUUAUUACAACGAACUACUGCCUUACGGAAGUGCUGACACACAACAAAAUAUGCUCCCUGAAGUAGAUGAGGGAAACGGAAUUAGUGACCUUGUUAACACACUAAUGGACGAAUGGCUGACCAGAACUGUAUUGACAGGAGAUAGAGACGCUGAGACCAUGUUGAGUGAGAUCUGGGACAGUGUAUCACAGGACGACAACCCUGAUGAUCUUGGACAAAUGAGAGAUAUUUUAGUUGACAUAUUCACGAGUGAAAUUAUCGAGGGACUGACAUCAGAUGUUCAAGGAGAAGUACCGUAUUAUGCUGAUUUGUUGACAAACAAAGCAGACAACAAACAAAUGAAAGUUGCAGACAUAGAUGAAAGUGCGGAAGUUAAACAAAAUGGCGACGAGGAGAAUAAAACAGAAAACUCAGAGGACGAAACAGUAGACAAAGAUGACAGCAAGGCAGAAGAAUUGAAACCGGAGGAAGACUUAAAACACUUGAAGAUGUAAACUGCUGUCAAAAUUUGUUGGGUUAAUUUUUAACAAGCUUGUUUCAAGCAUUUCAUUUUUGAUUAUCGAGUACUGCCUACAGUCUCUGAAGUAAAUUUCGUUCAUACAUUGAAUAUUCAUGAUGGCCUUCGGCAGUUCAUAACACGGGAAAAAAUAUUGCGACAACACAAAUAAACGGAAGACACGGAAAUAACAGAUCUUUCCGUGAUUGAUUUUAUUUAUUAUGUUUUGUUUAUACAAUAAAUUGAUCCAAGCAGAAGGCCAUUUCGAGUUUCUGUUGCUCCUUUAAUGUGCGCUUUAUGACGUCAUUCGAAUUUGCUGUUACCUAAAAUGGCUUGUUUGAAUCAAAUUUCAAUGAUCAUUAUAGAAUCCUAAAUUUUUUAAGUAUAUAUACUGUGUAGAAACAAAAUUGAUUUUUUUUCACACCAAAUGAGACCAGUAAAGAAAUUUGCACGAGUCGAAACAAAUGACGUCCAUUCAAUCCUAAAAGUUAAUGGAACUGCAGAAAACUCGAAAAGUGUAUGUUAUAGCGUAGAUUUUACUCUGCAAUUAUCAGAGUUAAUUUGAAGUCACUUUACGCUAAAUAAACAUAGAGACGGCUAUUUUGUGCAUGCUUUGAAGGAAAAACGUCAUAUUUUACGAACGCGAAAAUUACACUAUUUUAUCAAUAUUUAGAAAACAGUAAGACUAAUAUUGUCAUUAUCUCCAAGUGUAUUUGAAGUUCCAAAUGUAUAUUGUUUUUACUAUGUAUAAUGUGUGUCAUGGCCAAGGCACCCGACUCGAUUUUAUAUACUUAUUUAAAUGCCCUGUUUAUAGAUUUAGAAAUUAUUAAAAAAAUAAGGUUUCAAAUCCUUCAGGCAAAACUGAUCCGAGAUACAUUUGUCUUUUUUUUAGGCCCUUACUUAGCAUAUAUGGCAUACCAUUGCUGUGUUGUUACGCAUUCGUGAUUUUCGAAUGUUUUGGUUUGGGCGUUUCCAAUGAAGGUAAAUCCAGAAAGGAUUUUCGAACGCACGAAAUUUAUAAAUUUGUUUUCAACUUUUUCAAUUUUUAUUUUUCAACGAUUAUAAUUUUUCGUACGUUUUGUGAGGUGAUGCAAUACACAUGUACACAAAUAAAAAAAGUAAAUGUUAUCAUUAAUAUACUGUUAAUUCUAUUGCCUAAUAUAUGCUGUAUCAUAUAAUGAAAUGUAUGUAUAAAUGAUUUCGAAAUAAGACGGGUAAUGUUGAGCUAUAUUAAACUAUCAAUUAAUACCGACCUGAAAUGAUCUUUACCAAGAACACUAAAAGUUGUAAGCUAUGAGAUACGGCUUCAAAUGACUCUGUGCUCUGGAUUAUAAGUUUAGGGGUUUUCGGAUUUAUUUUGUUUUUAAAUAUAUAUAUAUAUAUAAAUCGGUAUCUUAUAAUUCGGAGAUUGUCUGUCCCCCACGCAUACAGUAUUGGCAACAUAAAAUAAAACAUUAUGAAACUUUAUAUAUUUUGUUUGAAUGAGUUGGCUGUGUUGUACAAACAUGACCAACAAGGAUGUAUAUGUGAGGGUAAAAAUGGGGUUUUCAAAAUGGGUAAAAUCAAGAAAAGAGAGAAAAAUAGCAUUAGAAAAACGAAUAAAGAAGACAGAAAUGAAAGCCCUUAUCAAUAUCAGACCUCAAACCCUCAAAUAUGUGUACGUGUUAAUUCAAACUUUGUAAGUUCUAUGAAUAUUCGUAUCUUUUUUCUUACUUUUAAUUUUGUGUCUGUUGUCCAUUCAUGCAAAGGAGACUUUUGUACGGAUAGUACCGGUGUCGAAGGAAUAAAUUUGGGGAUGUUUUUUUAACAACCACGUCAAAUGUCUAGUUCAAUUUGUAAAAUUUAAACAAAUUUGAAGAAAUCUAUUUUGUAUUUGUUUUGUCAAUAAAAAAGGGGGGUUGUUCCUACUAGUUGGGCAGAAAUAAAACUAAACACUUAGUAGUUGGUUCUCUAAGGAAACACUUACUAUGUCACACGUAAUUUUUGUCUUUCCUACAAACAAAAUAGCAUUGGAUGAUUUUUCACAUCUGGGAUAUCAAACAAAUAAGGGAUUUCUAAAACUUCAUAUGAAAAUUUUCUGAUAUGUAUAUCUACAGGCCGAUAACAGUGUUUUGCAUAAAUAAUAAUUUUCGCUGGUCGAAGUUUUUGUUUGGCUACGUGCUUUUGUUAAAACACUAUUUUUAAGUUUUCGUUUGAACAGUUCAAGAUGGCCAUAUAGGUAAAGUUAAAUCAGGUUAAAUUUUGCUAUCUUAUAACUCUGUUGGUAAUAUAGCUCUUCGUGUGUCUUAAACGUUAAUGAUUUUGAAAUGAAUUAGGUUGAACGUUCUAGAUGAAUAUAAACAAGAAAGCGCUUUGGACGCACGACGUAUUCAUGUUUAUUUUUAUGUAAUAACAUAACAAAUUUAUUUUUUAUGAUAUUUGCUAUGUGAUUUUUAUUGAAUUUAACGUUUUUUUCUAUUGAAAUUUUAUUGAUAUAUGUUGUGUCCAGAGGUUUCUGAAAAAUCUUUCAAUAUGUCCCGAUUUCGAGAUCCUCGUGAUGUUUUAAGUAAACAAUAACACGCUUGUUUACGGUUAUGUUAUCUCGUUUCAAAUUAUUAAAGUUACAUUUUAUUACCAAACGUCAAAUCAAGCAUCAUUUUGUCAGUGAGUGCCAACAAAAUUGUAUAUAAAGAAAAAAUAAUACAUCUUAUUGAAUAUUUAAUUUAUAAUUGACCAUUUUGAUUUAGAAACAAGUAACGCUAUGCUAUAUUGGUGUUUAAAUUACAGAUAACAUUGAUCUGCUAUCAAUUUUAAGUUUACAAAUAAAAUCAACUAAUUGAGAAAUUUUAUAUAACAAGGAAUGAUGAACUGAUGUCGGGGUUGAAAUUACAAAUGACAAUAUACUAUUAUCGUAUGUAGAUAACAAGCAAUAUUGUACUGUUAUCGGUUUAAACCCAAUCAACUGUUAUCAUUCAUAGAUAACAAUCAACAUAUUACUGUAAUUGGUCCCUAGAAUACAAAUGACAUCAAACAUUAUAGAUCUUUAGAUAUAACAAAUACCAAUAUACUUUUAUCGAUUAGAAAAAAUAAGCAAUUUUGAAGUGUUAUCGAUAUCUAGCACCCAAUCAACUUUAUACUGUUAUUAUUCUAUAGAUAACACAUUACAUCAAACUGUUAUUGGUAUUUAGAUAACAAGCAACAUAAUACUGUUAUCGGUAUGUAGAUCAACAUUAAACUAUUGUGAUGUGUAUAUAUUCUAAAGUUGUUAUUUUUAUAUGUUGAAUGAAAGAUAUAUGAGAGAAGUUAUUGUUAAAUAAAGUUAAUAAAACAUUA